AAGAAGAGGACAAAAACAACGGAAAUUCUUUUUCUUUCCGCAAUAUGUGAAUGUACCUGUUUAGUGAAGGUUGGCGAAUGCCUCAGUAAUUGAGUGGGUAUGUCUAGCAGUAGAUCCUCAGAAGAUGUGUUGCUAAUUGUGAACCAUGUGCGACACAAGAAGACAGAUGGAGUUCUGUACCUCAUGGGCGAACGGAUGGGCUGGAUGGUGGAGAGUAAGAGCAGCUUCUCCCUCAGUCACAUGUACUCGGACAUCAAGAGUCAAAAAAUUUCUCCUGACUCCAAAGACAAGGUGCAGCUUCAAAUUGUGAUGCAUGAUGGCAGUGCUAAAACAUUCCACUUUACAAACCCCAAAGGUCGAGAUGCUGGGGUUAGGGAUAGAGAUAGCAUCAAAGAACUUCUACAGCAGCUUCUACCAAAGUUCAGAAGCAAGAUCAGCAGUGAAUUGGAAGAAAAAAACAGGUUAUUACAGGAAAGUCCGGAAUUAUUUCAGCUGUAUAAAGACUUGGUGGUCAGUGGUGUGAUAACAGCAGAGGAGUUCUGGGAGUCCAGGGCUGAUCAACUUUCAAACAUAGGCAAACAGGAAGGCAGCAAGCAGGCAGUUGGUGUUUCAGCAGCCUUUCUGGCUGACAUCAAACCACAGACUGAUGGUUGCAAUGGGCUCAAGUACAAUCUUACUGCAGAUGUUAUAGAAUCUAUAUUUAGGACAUAUCCAAUGGUGAGGAAAAAGCAUGCCGAGAAUGUACCCCAUGAGAUGACAGAGAGUGAAUUCUGGACACGGUUUUUCCAGUCUCAUUACUUUCACAGGGACCGAACUGUCAUUAGCAGUAAGGAUUUAUUCUCAGACUGUGCCAAGAAUGAUGACAGAGAGAUAAAAGAUGAAGUGACUAAAAGAGUGAAUGACCCUCUCCUGGACAUGUCAAAAAUGGAUGAUUCAAAUUCUGGUGAUGGCUUUGGCGGGAUGUCAGAUGAACGACGACUUACCACGAAUCAGACCAAUCUGACCAUGAUUCGCAGAUUCAAUCACCACUCCACUAUGGUUCUUAAGGCCUGUGAAAGAAACAAAACUACCAAAUCUCAGGAGACCACUAAUGGGGCUAGUGGUACAAGUGACAAUAGCUCCAAGAAAGCCAAUGGGGCAGUGUCUCAUACAGUUGCUAACGGUGAUAUGGACUCUAAUAGUGCUAGCUCAGAUGUGUUCAAAGAACCUUCCACCAAACGAGCAAGGAUUCAAGAGAAACUGGAAUAUGAGGAUUUAGAAGGUAGAAUUCAAUCUAAGAAUGUGAAUUUAAGACUACACAAAACAGAUGGAUACCUUCAUGGUCCAAGACCUGUGGUGAUGUCAAAAUACAUGACAAGUGAGGAUGCAUUCAGUGCAUCACACUUUGUAUCAGAGGAACUGUCUGACUGGGCGCCGGAACUCUCUAAUGUGCUACGCGGUCCUGUUGCUCUAGGUGUUUUAGGGGAAUUGUCUCCAGGUGGUACUCUGAUGUAUGGCACAAGUCAUCAACAGCUCCACAAUAUGGUCGCAGCAGAUAUACAAGAAGAACUUAAGAAACAAUAUACAGCUUUACAGGAACUUCUCAGGCAUUUCUGGACCUGCUUCCCAGCCUCCUCUAAAUUCUUAGAAGAAAAGGUUUGCAGAAUGAAGGCGACUUUAGAAAGAUUUCAAGUAACCAAACUCCUUCCAUUAAAGGAAUCUCUAAAACAGCAUCACUACACAAUAGAUCUGGUUGGACACUUGGAAGAACUCUUGUCUACAGCUUAUGCUAAAUUUGAUGCUUGGCAAGCCAAGAAAAUGGCCAAAAGAUCAUGACCCAGAAGACUGUUAGUUCUGACAUUAAAGAUGGAGGCAUUAUAUUGUGGUGAAAAGUUUUUCGAUUCAUGUUAUUCAUAUUGUA